UACUACAAAAGAAAAAAAAAAGAAGAGAAAAUAGCACAGUUUCUGAAAUUUGCAACUCAAAGUCUUCUUGACAAGAAAACCGACUCUUGAGAAAUUUGAUUGAGCAUUAUGGCAGAGAGUGUUGUAGGCUUCUUGAUUAACCAGCUCUCAACCUUACUUGCCCAAGAGACCACACUUUUGGGGCGGCUUAAACCAGAUGUUCAAUUUAUCAAAGAUGAACUCAGCAGUAUGAAAGCUUUCCUCAGAGAAGCUGAAGCAAAGGAAGACAAUGAUUCUCAACUCCAAGAAUGGGUAAAGCAGGUUCGAGAAGUUGCUUAUGAUACAGAGGACGUUCUCGAUGAUUUUACCUUCCGCUUUGAUCAUGGUUGUGCGGACGGAUUCUGAGGCCAGGUUGAAAAGAUCUAUAACUCAAUAAAGAAUCUGAAAGCUAGCCAUCGAAUUUCUUUGGAGAUUAAAGACAUCAAGGCCAGAGUUGGAGAGAUUUCAGCAAGGCAUCAGAGGUACCAGUCCCUAUAUGGUACUCAAGAAAGAAGCUUCAGCACUUCUCGUCAGGCGAAUGCAGAUUUUGACAUUCGUGCUCAGUCACUCUUCAUUGAAGAAGCUCAACUUGUUGGGAUUGACAAGCCAAAAGCAGAUCUCAUCUCAAAAAUCCUUGCUGAUCAUUCCCAAUUGAAAGUAGUUUCGGUUGUGGGAAUGGGAGGGCUCGGGAAGACUACCCUAGUGAAAAAAGUCUAUGAUGACACUGCAGUGAAGAAACAAUUUCAAAACCAUGCCUGGAUAACUGUUUCUCAAAAUUUUCAGUUCAAUAUCAUCAUCAAGGACCUGAUCCAACAAUUGUACAACGAAAUCAAACAACCAAUCCCACCCCAAGUGGAAUCCAUGAAUGUUAUUAUGCUGAGUGAAUUUGUCAAAGACUUCCUCCGAGAAAGAAGGUACAUCCUUGUCCUUGAUGAUAUGUGGAGUAUAGAUGCUUGGGAAGCUAUCAAAUGUGUAUUGCCUGACUGCAAUACUGCUAGUAGUGUUGUAUUGACAACACGAAUAGCUGAUGUGGCUUCUGCAUCUUGUUUAGGAUCACUUGACUUCGUCUAUAAGAUGAAGCCUCUUUCUGAUAAAGAGUCUUGGACUCUUUUUUGCAAUAGAACAUUUCAGAGCAAUGACUGUCCUCCAAAUCUAGAAGAAGUUUCUAAAAAAAUAAUGAAAAAAUGUGAGGGCUUACCUCUUGCAAUUGUUGCAAUGGGUGGUCUUUUGGCUUUGAAGGAUAAGGGAAAGACAGAUGAAUGGGAGAUAAUUCUUCGUGGCUUUGGUAGCGAAGCAGAUGGUAGUGGUAAGUUUGACAAAAUUAGAAAGGUACUCUUCCUUAGCUACAAUGAUUUGCCUCACAAUCUCAAAAGCUGCCUAUUAUAUCUAAGCAUCUAUCCUGAAAAUUAUUCAAUUAUUGUGGAUGAUAUACUUGUGAAAUGGAUAGCACUAGGAUUUGUAGAAGGGAAAGAAGGAAUGACAUCCACUGAUAUCGCUAUGAAAUAUCUGAAAGGACUUAUCAAUAGAAGCUUAAUCCAAGCUCAACAGAUACGGGAAGAUGGCAAAUUGCAGAGAUGUGGUGUUCACGAUUUUCUGCGUGAAGUCAUUAUCUCAAAAUCUAAAAGAACAAAGCUUCACAACCAUAGCCACUGGAUAUUACACAGGAUGGCCUGACAAAGUUCGACACCUAG